AUGUCAUCGUCCUCAGUUACAUUUUCAUCUCGGUCGUGGCCAUUACAACGUUAUGCACGUUGCGUCGGCGUUUCCCCCACACGGAUUGAUGACAGCUACGCCGGUAGUAACCCCGCCGCCGGCGGUAAUUCACAUAUGGAGUGGAAGGUGUUUGAACACAGUGAGUUAACAUUGCUGCUCCUGGGAUCAAAAGAUAUUAUAAUUCAUUGUGGAAAUGUAAUUCAUGAAAAUUAUUGUUUACGGAAUGCUGCUGAGUGGAUGAGAGGGAUUAAUAAAGGAGAUAGUAUAUUAUUUGCAUGUAGAAUAAAUAAUGAAAUAAGGCGUUUUCGUGUACAAUUCAAGAUGACUGAUCAAAAAUCAUCCAUUGAAAACUGUAAAGAUUGUGCUAGUUUAUUGCUAGAAUUGUUCUCAAUCAAAAAUGCUACAAAGAUGAAAAACCUACCAGCAAAACAGAGUAACAAAGAAGAGAAACAGUUAGAAGGUGAAGUAGCAAUCAAAGAUGUUGCUCAGGCUAUAUGUCACAAGACGUCACCUCAGUUACCAAUAGCUUAUCAAGUACAUUCUCAGGAUAUAGACCAGCAACAGAUAUCUUUAUUUCUAAAUUUAUGUUUAAGUGAUGCUAAUUUCCCUGCAUUUGUUGAUAGUGUUGAAAAAGAACUACAACAAAUAAUCAAAAAUGAAUAA